AUGUCCAAGAUCACAGUCGCCAACGUCCGGACGCAGGUCGCCGAGCUCCUGGAGUACUCCAACGAGACCAAGAAGCGCAACUUCCUCGAGACCGUCGAGCUCCAGAUCGGCCUGAAGAACUAUGACCCCCAGCGCGACAAGCGUUUCUCCGGCACCAUCAAGCUGCCCAGCAUUCCUCGCCCCAACAUGGCCAUCUGCAUCUUGGGUGACCAGCACGAUAUCGACCGCGCCAAGCACGGCGGCGUCGACGCCAUGUCCGCCGACGACUUGAAGAAGCUGAACAAGAACAAAAAGCUCAUCAAGAAGCUCGCCCGCAAGUACGAUGCGUUCGUCGCUUCCGACGCUCUCAUCAAGCAGAUUCCUCGUCUCCUCGGCCCCGGUCUUUCCAAGGCCGGCAAGUUCCCUACGCCCGUCUCGCACUCGGAUGACCUCACUGGCAAGAUCAACGAGGUCAAGUCCACCAUCAAGUUCCAGCUCAAGAAGGUUCUCUGCAUGGGUGUCGCCGUUGGAAACGUCGGUAUGGAGCCGGAGCAGCUCAUUAGCAACAUCAUGCUUGCCAUCAACUACCUUGUCUCUCUUUUGAAGAAGGGCUGGCAGAACGUUGGUAGCUUGACCAUCAAGGCCUCCAUGUCGCCCCCUAAGCGCCUCUAUUAA